AAUGUAAAUGUCUUGCUGGUGAAAGAAAAGACAUUUUUGUUUGUAAUAUGAGUGCUGCUACUGCGUGAGGCACUUUUAGUGUAGUUUUGUGAUACAAAACUACUUCUGCUGCUGCAUGCACUGCUUGUGCUGCUGCCACUACUGCCUGUACACAUGGUGGUAGUCCCUGUGUAACAGAGUCUAAUUUGCCAGAGAAAAAUGCCACCAGUCUUUGUUUAUAUCCAUGCUUCUGUGUCAGCACAGUAUCUCCAUUUCCAUCAGGUAAAGCUAUCAUUGGAAAUGCUUCUAUUUUUAACUCCUCCUUUAUCCUCCUCCUCUGAUUCUGGAUUAAUAUUUCUCCAUUUUUUCCACUUUGCCACAUUGUGCAGCAAAACCAUACUAUGAUCCCCUUCUUUUUGUUAAUAGGGUAAAGUGGUUCCUGAUUGUCAACUUUAUUUUUUUAUUCAUUUUUAAUUAUUUUUUCACAACUUUAUUAAAAAGAAGGUUUUUAGUCUAACUUUGGAUAUAGAUAUAUACACUUGUAAGUAGUCCAAAUGUGUACUGUUCAACACAGACUAUUUACAUUGCCUGUAAUGUCAUGUACAGUGUGUUUUUGGUGCGAUCUCAAUCAGACUUAGUAUUCUGUAUUAUAUCAUCAUAUCAUUGUUUUGGUUGGGAGCUCUGGUUUUGUCUUAUGUUGUUUUACACAUUGUUCAUUUCCUUUAGUAGUCUUUUCAUUCUUUUAUUUAAAACUAAAUUUUCAUUUCAGGUGAAGGAAUGCAGGAUGGAGGCCUGUGCUUAUGCUGCUCUGGGCAUCACUUACAGACUGGUGCAGAAAUAUGACAAAGCUCUAGGCUACCACACCCAGGAGCUAGAGGUGUACCAGAAGCUGGGAGAUGUGUCCGGAGAGUGUAAGUCUCACGGCCACCUGGCAGCUGUUUACGUGGCCCUGGGAAAAUACGCCAUGGCCUUUAAGAGCUUUGAGGAACAGCUGGAGUUGGGGCGGAGGUUGAAGGAUCCUGUUGUAGAGGCUCAGGUGUAUGGAAACAUGGGCAUUACUAAAAUGAAUGUAGGAGUGAUGGAGGAAGCCAUAGGCUACCUCGAACAGCAGUUAGCUACGUUACAGCAGCUAAAUGGAAAUGAGGCAGUGAUGGACCGAGGACGGGCAUAUGGGAACCUGGGAGACUGUCACGAGGCUCUGGGAAACUUUGAGGAGGCCAUUAAAUACUAUGACCAGUACCUGUCUGUGGCACAGAGCCUAAAUCGCAUGCAGGACCAGGAGAAGGCCUACAGAGGUUUAGGAAAUGGGCACAGGGCUAUUGGACACCUGCAGCAGCCACUGGUGUGCUUUGAAAAGCGACUUGUCGUUGCCCAUGAGCUGGGUGAAUGUGGAGGAAAGGCCCAGGCGUAUGGAGAACUGGGAGCCCUCCACAGCCAACUGGGCAAUUACGAGCAGGCCAUCUCCUGUCUGGAACGUCAGCUGGCCAUCGCCCGUGACACCCAGGACAGGCUGCUGGAGGGGGACGCCAGCUGUGGCCUGGGCGCUGUGUAUCAGUCCAUGGGAGAGUAUGAGACGGCACUGCGGUGCCACCACAGUGAUCUGGAGAUUGCAGAGGAAGUUGAGAACCCCACGCAUCAAGCACGUGCCUAUGGGAAUCUGGGACUGACCUACGAGUCGUUGGGGAACUACGAGCGAGCAGUGGUGUUCCAGGAGCAGCAUCUGAGUGUAGCACCUCAGACUAACAACUUGGCUGCCAAGACCCUGGCCUAUGGCAGCCUGGGAAGGACACACCACACUCUGCAGAACUACUCACAGGCUGUCAUGUACCUGCAGGAAGGUGAGUGAUUCAGUAAAGAACUGGAAUGUCUCUGUUUCCUGAGCUGCAGGGCUUAAAGCCAUGGAAUUUAAAAUCCAUUUUAAAGUCCCAUUAAAAAAAAAAAUCAAUUAUAGGCUGCAGGUUUUUUGCAAAGCAUUUCUUCUCUCACAAAGACAUUUUUCUCUCAUGAUUCCUUGUUAGACUACUCAUAUACAUGGCUAGUGUUAAGAUAAAAAGUGGUGGCUUUUCAGCCAGAGAAUUACCAGUGGGCUGCUUGUGAGCCAGAUACAUACAGUGAUAAAUGUGAAAGAACAUUUCUAAGAUGGCUGGCUUGAUUUUUAAGAUCAAAUAUCUGAUCAGAUCUAAUGAAAGCUUCUUAGAUGUUUAACACAGCUGAAGAUUAUUUUUAAUCCUUGUUAACAUAUGUAUAAGCAAGGAGUGUGUAUUGGCACAGAUCUGGCGAUAUGAUAUUUAUCACUAUACAGGGGCAAUAAUACGAUAUAUGGUGAUACUAUGGGGACAAAGAUAUAUUGAGUUUUUUAAGCGAUUUAAUUGUAGGAAAACUGUCAGCAAAGUAAACACACAAUACUGUUACUGUUAAUAUCUGAGGCAGUAGUUGAUCCAGAACUCAUCUUUGUCUGGAUACAUAAAGAUGAGUCAAACUAACUGAAGCAUCUGAUGAGGUGUGUUCAGUUCUAUGCCUGUUGUUCGGUGAUAGACCUAAUGCUCGGCCACACCCAUCGCAGUAUGAUCCCAAACCCUGUUUGACUCAGAGACAUUUUGCAGCUAGAGUCAAAGGACAAAUCUAUUUUUCAGCCAGUGGGGAGUGAAUGCAAAGGCAGUUAAACCUCCUCUGUGUCUCCUUCUCUUUUCUGCAUAAGCCUGGUCCUGCAGUGACCCUCUGCUGCGUAUUUCUGCACCCUCUGCUUGUUAAGCUUCAAUGGAAACAAAGGCGACAGGCUGUUUUCUCUCGCCAUGUCCUCCACCUUCUCCUCCUCCCUUUUCUCCAUCACCACGUUGUUUUCCUGCUCCGUCCUUGUGCUGUAGAGUGAAACGGUGUUUUCACUGUUGCUGACAGCCAAUGAUAUCUGGCCAAUGUACCAAAAAUGUAUCCUGGAUUUGUUUUCUUAAAAAUUUUAAUUAGGGAAAAAAACAGAAGCAAAACAGCAGAACCAGCGCAGAAACAUAACCUGAUGAUCAGUCUGUGUGUGUGUGAGUGUGUGUGUGUGUGAGCAUGUGUAGGUGUGUGUGUGUGUGAGAAAGAGUGAAGAAUAUGAUACAAUAGAGAUACCAAUUAGUAGCUAAUUAAAAAGCACAGUAUUCUCAUUUCACACUCUGUUUCCAUCACCUGAUCCACUAACCUGCUAUUUUCUUUUAUUUUGUUUUUAGAAAUAAUCCUUUUACAGUGAUGUAGAGAGUGUCACUAAAUCAGUGCCAACAUUGUAGCCACUAAUGGAGGGGAAGCAGUGUCUUCAUGCUCAGUUGAUGCACCAUUUGCCAUGCAAUGACAAUAUAAAGCUGUUGGUUACGUGAACACUUUCAUGCCAAACCUUUUUUCAAAGCUGUAAGUGCACUUAAAAAAUCAAACAAAGAUAAUGUUAACUUUGUUAAUUGUCUUGAAUGUUGAUCUACCAGGCAGAAAAACAAAGAACAGAUAUUGGUAUAAACAUUUCUACCAAAGGCUUCACAAGCAAGGAAUGGUGCAAAACUUCCCAGCUAAGGUUUCUGUCAAUGGGCUAGUAGGCAUAAAGUGUUUGACUGACCCUCCUGCACUCCAUCAGAUCAGUCUGGAUCACUGCCCAAUAAGUAGAUUGUGAUCUAUCAGUAGAUUUCAAAGGAAGUCGAAAAGUGGACGGGCCAAGCAUUAACCAGAAAUAUUGCAUUCAUUCAAACAGAUGGGACCAACUCUUUCCUCAAUUACGUGAAAAAUAAAUUAAAAAAAUCUUAACAUUAAACACCUUCCAGUGGACUCACCACCCGCAGGAAGGUUUGGGGGGUUGGUAUGGUGCAAUGUGAUUUGGGUGGCGAAUGCUGUCCCCGCGACCCGGUAACGGAUAAGCGGAUGAAAAUGGAUGGAUGGAUGGAUGGAUUAACAUUAAACAAGAAUAAGAAUACUUUUCUGUCAUACAUUUUGGAUCAGUGGAGAAAUGACUAACAAAUAGAAUAUAUUUCAGUUAUAAUUUUCUUUACCUUGUGCCUGUGCACUGAAAUAAAGUUUCUGUAAAUAGGUCUGUAUAUUGACAGCCAUGACAUCACACCAAUCGUCACUGACACUCGCUCCCCGUUAGUAUAGUGAACAGUAUCCCUCCCUGUCAUGCAGGACACUGGGGUUCAAUUCCCAGAUGGGCAGAUUAUAUUUAGGUGCUUCCACAGCGUAGCAGUUAGCACACCUGUGUCAGACAGAGAGCAGAUAGUCCUGGGUUUGAUUCCCAGUUAACACAAUAGCUGGAAAAGGAUAAGCCAUUCCCCGUAUUUAUGGUCUCCCCAAAAUCCACAAGGAAGGACCUCCACUCAGACCCAUCAUCACCAGCAUCAUAUCAGUCACUUGUAACAUCGCCAAACACCUGGCCUCCAUCCUUUCACCAUUGGUUGAGGACACACCUCACCACAUAGCCAACUCACAGGACUUAACCAACAAGAUAAGUGGCCUAAAACUGGACCCGGAAGAGACCAUGGUCUCCUACGACGUCACAUCACUUUUUAGAUGCAUCCCCACCACAGAGGCAGUAGCAACAGUGAGGAUGCGCUUACUGCAAGAUCACACCCUGCCAGUAAGAACUAACCUGACCAUUGACCACAUUUGUGCCCUUCUAGAUUUCUGCUUCACCACCACUUACUUCCAGU